AUGGAAAUUUAAUCAUUUUCUCCUAUGUUAGAUAGAGUUAUGGCUCAAGAAAUAUAAUCAGUUAGUUGGAGUAAAACUAUGGAUGUUUGUGCAAUCUUAUAUAGUAAUAACUAAUUAGAAAUAUGCAGAGUAAGUGAAUAAUUACAAAGAAUGUUCAUUAUUUAAGAAGAUGAUACCAUCAGUAAUAUUAUUGUGGACAGUAUUUACAAUUCUAUAAUUAGGUACAUUUCUGACUUAUAAUGUUGGAAAUAAAUUAUUUAUAUAUCAAUUAGCAUCUCAUCAAAAAAUUAUUCAAUCUACUUUAAUUAAGAAUUCAGAUAAAAUCACUUAAAUGCUUCUUGUUUAAGUGAAUGUCAAAAUUAUUAAAGAAUAGGAAUUAUAACCAGCUAUAAUUCCAUUAUCUACUACAAACUUGUAAUAUAAUUUUAAUAUUAAUAGAAAAAAUUGGUAAAAUCUUUGUUUUUUAAAACAAUCAUAAAUAAAUAAUAUCAUAUUCUCUUUAACUAAUAGAUAGAUUGCUUAUAAUUUUAAUGGGAUUUUUAAUUUAGGAGAAAUAGAACAUAAAAAUAUAGUUUAAUUAUAUCAAUUAGAAAAUGAAUUGCAUUGUUUUUCAAAUUCAAAUGUUGAAAUUUAUGAUAUUAGUUUAAUGAAACAUUAAUAAAUUUUAGUAUAACAUUUAUUUUAUCUAGAAAUACAUUUAAUAAUUAAGUUAUUUAAAUGAACUAUUUUGUUUUUUAAAAACAUCAAUUUUAUUAAUAAAUACUCAAUUACAAGAUAUAUUCAAAUGCUAUCAAUUAAACAUAAUAGGUCCAUUGUUAGCAUUUGGACCUUAAGAAACAAUCAAUUUCAAUAUUUUAUAAUUUUAUUAAAUAGGAAAUUGUCCACAAGAACUUGUUCAAUUUUUUCAAAAGGAAUUGUACAAUACAAAAAUUUUAUAAAAAAUGGAUGAUGUAAAUAAAUAUAAUUAAUUUAAAUUAAGAAUAUCACAAACAGUUUCAAUAAUAUAUAAGAAAUUAUUUAGGAUUCAUUGA